CAAAAUUUGUGGGUGCGGAAAUGGUGCUUCUGCGCUCUUUGUGUUCGUCUUGUUAGACGCGACUGUGGAUAUACAGGAAACGACAAAGUUAUUUGGACUGAAAAGUUGAAAGUGACACACGAGUUAAAAAGCCACUAUUGGUGGUCCAUUAACGAGGUAGGCCUAUCAAGUUUUUGCCAUCACGUUGUUUGUUGUGUGGCGUGUUUUUCUUUACCUCUGUCCCCUGGCCUUAUUUCCAAAAAAAAUAUAUGUAAAAAAGUGACUUAUUAAUAAUGGUGUUACAAGCGUCAAAUAAACGAUUAACCAUCCCCUGAAGAUUUUCUUCUGUGUGAGAUGUUAUGGCGGCAUCGUCAGCGAACAGCAGUUCAAGAGUCAGCUCCUUUUUUACUUUGGUCUUUGCACGAAGUUGAGCAUGUCACAUACCUGGGAUCCAAUAUUUCUAGUUCUCUCUCCGUUGAUGAAGAGAUAAAUAUCAGGAUCGCAAAUGCAGCAGCAACUAUGGCUAAACUGAAUAAGCGGAUAUGGAAUAAUAUAAAUCUAACUGAUAAAAUAAAAAUAAGUGUCUAUGAGGCAGUGUGCUUAGUACGCUAUUAUAUGGCAGCGAGGUGGGGACCAUAAUUAAUAUAUACCAUUCAGGAGCGGAAACUCAACAGCUUCCAUCAAAGAUGUCUGAGUCGCAUUUUACGCAUUCGAUGGCAGGACACGGUGCCUAACACGGAGGUCUUGGAACAUGCACAAAUGUUUAGCAUAUUCUCCGCUCUUAGCAAGAGGCGUCUUCGCUGGUUAGGUCAUGUAAAGAUAAUCGAGGAAGGCCAUAUCCCAAAGAUGCUGCUGAUGGAGAAUUGGCAGAAGGGACAAGACUUAUCGGACGGCCACGCCUCAGAUUUAUGGACGUUUGCAAACGGAGCAUGAAGGAAGCCAAUAUUGAAAACAAUGAAUGGGAGCUCAUUGCCGAACAACGUUCCAGCUGGUGAACAGCAGUGUAUGAAGAAGUAAAAAAUGGACAGAAGAUACGCAAAACGAGGCCCUUACAACAAAAGAACAAAACGGAAGUCAAAAUCUUACCAAGAAUCAAAAUUCUCCUGCGAGAAAUACAGUCGAGAUUGCCAUUCUAGGAUUGGCCUAGUGAGCCACUCGUCGAAGUGUAGGACUACGUAGCUGCUCCAUCGUCUCGCGAAGACGGAAGGAUGCCAUAUAUAUACAUGUUUAGAUGUGCUUGCGUUGUUUAAGCAGCAACCAUUUUAAUGGGAAAAAAAAGAUUUAAACAACCCAGCAUCAAAACAAGAAGUUAAAAUACUAUACUAAAAAAUAGAACAAUUUAUUUUGUCAACCUAUUUUUUUUAAUAUUAUUAUUGUACUAUAUUGUUAUAUAUCUUAUAUCUCUUAUACUUUUGGUUCGUUAUGCUGGGUCUUCACAACCGGUCACCCCUCCACCACCCCACCCCCAGCCCCACCCACCCCCCUCCCAAAUCCACAUGUUUAAAAUUAAUAGUAUUGAUUGGAAAAAAGGCUGUUACGCACCGAGCCUCUAUGCGUAACGUCUGAAUUAAAUAGGCUUUUUUUUUUCUUUGUGGGGAAACGACUAUUAUAUGAAUCGAUAAAGAGCCAGAGUUGUGGUACUAGUCUGUCUGUAUGGCUGUCCAUAGGACUGUCCAUAGUGACUCUAGGCCUAUUGCUUAAAUAUUGCUGCCUGCAGGAUUAUUGUUUAUGGCCGGCAGGUCAGGCGUAGGGCUAUCUGUAUGCCUAUUGUUUAAAGGCCGACUUAUAUUGAAAUUAUAGAAAAUGCGAAGUUAACUCUUUUUUGUAACACUUGGACCCACCGGGUAUUGUCUCAAAAUACCCGGUGUAAAAAAAAAAACCCGCUGCACCUAGGUUAAGCCCUAGGAUACAGUAUUUCUCAUCGUUUGCGAUCGACUGCUCUAAUAGGCAAAUGUGUACAUCGCUGAAACCGACCGAGCCGUCCCAUGCUUUGAGAGUGGUCAUCACGGGGGCCAGCGGUGAGAUAGGGAUGAUGAUCAGCUACAUGAUCGCCAAGGGGGACAUCAGCGGCAAAAAUGAGCUCCUUGAUCUCGUGCUGUACGAAAACCGGUCCAAGAUGAAGCAGCUGAAAGGUGCAAUCAGCGAGGUGAGAGAGAGAGAGAGACAGAAGAGCAGAAGCGAGAAUGUCAACAUGGUGCUAUAAUUACAUGAUUUUAUUUCCUAUUUAAUUUCUCCAAUAAAUAUAUUAAAUUUCAAAAUUAUUUUUUUUGUGGGGUGGGGGGGGGGGAUAAAUUGGGGAAAAUUUGUAAAUAAUAACCAAUGGCUGACCUGUGGACACCCAAAAAAAAUGGAAAUCUCUUCGCAGUAUACUGACAAUCCCAGCCUUAAAAGGUCGGCGAUUGGAAGGUUUUGUACUAAUAAGACUGUUGUCACAGACACAAAAUUUGAGAUUAUGACAUCAUUAUUGUAUGUUUUAAUUUAAUUUUUAUUUUUAAUAAUUUUGUUUUAAUAAUAUCGUUUUAAGUUGUUUUUUUUUUUAAAUUAGUAAAAAGCAGUUGAAGAGUUAAACUUAUCGAAGGUGUAAAAGAUCGUUGAAUUCCUCCAGAGAUAAAGGUUUUCAGGAAACAAAGAUUACAGCAAGCGAGCCUUCAGAAACUAAUGAUGUCAAACUAGUUAUUCAACUCACAACAAAGUUAAGAGAUUGUCGCAGAAAGGCAGUCAGAUUUAUGUUUCAAGUCCAUUGAAUAUUAUGUAACCUUUUUACGUGUUUUAAUUUUCAAAUGUCACAGUUGAUACUGCUAUUAAGCGUCAUGCCUGAUACUGCUAUUCAAUGUCAUGGUUGAUACUGCUAUUUAAUGUCAUGGCUGAAACUACUAUUAAACUGAUACUGCUAUUAAAUGCCAUGUCUAAUACUGCUAUUCAAUGUCAUGGCUGAUAAUGCUAUUCAAUGUCAUGGUAGAUACUGAUAUUAAAUUUCAUGGCUGAUGCUGCAAUUAAAUGUCAUGGUUGAUAUUGCUAUUAAUUCCUUGACGCGGCCAUGAGAAAGCCGCUCAUAAGCGACCGUUUCGUCACAACUUUCGUCCCGACCGAAAUACUCCCUGGACAGUGGGGGUGGUAACGCAACACCUUUCCCCCGGAAUGGAAGCAAAGCCGUCCUGACACACGGAGAGUGGACCGCGAACGCUUUAAACGCAGCGUUUUCGGUCGAAACUAACGUCCCCCAGGCCAGGGGGGUGGUUCCCAGCGUGCUUCCGCACGGUCUGGCGGUGGGGAGACCCUGCGUCUGGCACGUGUGGAGGUGUGAAAAAGGGGGGGGGGGUAUUAAGAGCUCGCGCUCAACGACCCACCGACGCCAUCUCCAAAGUGACGUUAUCAAUUCUUUGACGGAAUGUUUCAAGCACAUGAGAUUAGGUGAUUACAGACAUCUCGUUAGGAAUUGUUGAACAAAUUUACAGAUUUAAAAAAUGUGCCAACAAAUGGGAAACUACUCAGAAAUAGAGGCCUAGAGAUUUUGUUAUUUGGUAUACAUGUCGCCAUGUAAAAAAAAAAAAAAUCUUCACUGAACUUCCAUACAGUUUUUACACUCUAAUUAGUGUUUGAAUGUUUUUUCCAACAAUAAGACCUAUUAAUUUCAUUUCGAGCUUGCUCUGUUGAAGGAAACUUGUAACUGGCAGUCUUUCCACAGCUUGGCACGUGCAACCUCGGUAAGGUUAGGUCCUUUCAUGCCACCGAUAGUCUGAUGGAAGCUUUCUCGAAUGCUGACGUCAUCAUACUCGUCGGUGGACUCUGGGCGGCGCCUGGCUAUUCUCGAAAUGAUCUCAUCGGAGUUAACGCCCUUGAAUUCAAGGUAAAUAUUCAGCGAGUCAAUGUUUGGUGCUUGUAUGUGAAGAGGCGUCCAAUACGAGUUUGGGGACAAGAUCCCCACCCAUAGUCGCCUUUUGUUAGUUAGUCGCCUUUUGAAUUUCUCCAGGUAACAAAACUAAGAUGGGAAAGAAGAAAAUACUAAUAUUUUUUAUAAAUUAUUAUUUUUAAAAUUUAAAUAAAUGUAACGAAAUCACAAGGUUUGUGAUUUUUGUUGAUAAAAAAAAAAGCUCUUUCUUAGGGGCAGUCCCAGAGGUUGUUUUAGCUUGUCUGGGCUAUAAUUGUAAUUUAACUCCAUUCCACCAGUUUGGCUUUGACCAAUAUUCCCCGCACAGCUACCAAUCAUUGUUAGAGUUUUCAGAAAUAAAAUUAACAUAAAAAAAAUUAUAACCCUACUAAAAUUCAUUUAUUAGCCCAAACACUGGAUUGGAUACUUUAAUUUCCUGAGAAAUGUGAAGAAUUAUUGAUCUAUUAGCGACAUUGUCAGAGCUUCUUACCAUUGUUGAAUAGUCAACAAAGGUCUUACAAUUUGUGAACUGUGCAUUUUGGUAUUAUUAAUAGCUAUAAAGAACUCUCGAAUUCAAUACAAAUACAUACAAUUGACUAGAGUCAAGUAGGAGAGGUUUUGGGCUUCCACCACUCGAGGGGGGUGGGGGGUUAGACGCCCCUGUGUAUGUGUGUGCAUGAAGUAGGGGUGUAUUAAAAUACAACCGUUUUAGUUGUGUUUAUAAUGGUCGGUUCGUUUAUUCUCACUUGAAGAAAAGGAGGGUUCUCAGUUCUCACCAAGCAACAUAACAUGAACAUUUGGAUAUUUUGGCAUAGGACAUAAUAUAUUUUUCCUUCAUGGCCCACACAAUGGCCUCGCGUGCAACAAAUUUUAAACAUGUAUUCUGUCAUGUAUCAGGUCACUCUGAAUUGUGCCGGGGUACAAAAAAAAAACUAAGAUUCUGAACAUACUUUUAAUUUAUGUCAACGUAACGUGACGUUAUGACCUUAUGUUGCUGUUUUCCCCCAGGAAGUCGGACUCGUCUUGUCAAAAGUUGCGAAAGAAACGGUCAAAAUCUUGAUGGUCGUAGAGCCGCAGAAUAUCAACCUCAUGGUGCUCAGGUCAGUGUGUGUUGAGGUCAGUUUGUGCUGAGGUCAGUGCAUGCUGAGGUCAGUUUGUGCUGAGGUCAGUGCGUGCUGAGGUCAGUGCGUGCUAAGGUCAGUGCGUGCUAAGGUCAGCGUGCUCUCAGGUCAGCGUGUGCUCUGGUCAGCGUGUGCUCAGGUCAGUUUAUGCUCAGGUCAGUGUGUCAGAUUUCGAACAUAAAAACAACGCAAUACUACAAAGAAGAUGUUGCGACAGUUUUAACCACCCCACACCCCACCCCGUAUUCAAGCAAAGAUAUCCAUGUCUGAUCACCGCUUGUUUUUCGUUUAUAAUUAACACCCCCCCCCCAAACUACCAUACGUUGCAGAGUAUUUAUUUGUUGUUGUUUUUUUCCAAUAGACCAAACGCACGCUCCAUACUUUCCCCAAAACCCAAGAGCCGCCAUGAUUCCCGUGUUAUUUUAUUCCAACAUCAUGACGUCGACACCCGCCUACUGUGGCACCGUCCGAUCACCGAACUAUUUGUAAAAAUUAUUAAUGCCGAAUGUAAAAAAAAUAAAUAAAUAAAACAUAACAAAGCAGCAUCAUCAGAGAUUUAAAUAUAUAUAUAUAUAUAUAUAUAUAUAUAUAUAUAUAUAUUUAAAUUUUAAAAAAAACGCAACGGCCCUUAAAGCCCCAAUGUAAAAAAAAUAAAUAAAUAAAACAUAACAAAGCAGCAUCAUCAGAGAUUUAAAUAUAUAUAUAUAUAUAUAUAUAUAUAUAUAUAUAUAUAUAUUUAAAUUUUAAAAAAAACGCAACGGCCCUUAAAGCCCCCAUGAUAAGCCAUCGUUAAGCAGUAAUACGAAACAAAGGAAACUACUCCCGACAUAAUGGCAUUGAAGUUAUCCGGUUUAUUCUGUGACACAAAUGUUGUCAAAUGUUUCGUUUCAGUUAUUUUGCACCCAACCUGAAACCGUGUAACCUGACUGGCCUGUCCAGGGUUGACCACAACCGGGCCCAGACAAUGAUUGCGAGGAUGCUUCAGAUUUCAUGCGACAAGGUUGAAUCUUAGCCUAAUUUUUUUUUUUUUUUUUUAAAUUAAUUUGUUUUCAAAAGACUUGCUAUCGAAGAUGAGUUGAAAAUGCGCUAAAAAGUAGAAAAUAAUUUUAAAUUUCUUAAAAUUGAUAUGCAGCCAAAGUCUAUGCUGAAGUGUGGAAAAUGAUCAUAUUUAGCCAAAGGCUUUAAAUUAAAUGAAUUAAAAAUAUAUUAGAUAUAAAAUAAAUAAAAUAUGUUUUACUUUUAAUUCAUUAAAAAAAAAUAUUUUCUUCUCAGACUUUCUUUGCAUUUUCAAUAAAUGUUUUCCUUGUUUUGUUUUUUCUUUUUUUUUCACAUUUUUUCGUUUUCUUACUUUGUUACUAUUAAAUUUGUAAUAUUUUAACUAUCGAAAACAGUUUUUAGAAUUUGUUCCUUUUUAAACCAAGGAAUUCUUAUAAAUUCCGGUUAAAGGGUAUUUACUUUUUACCCUGGCAUCAAACAAACUAAAAUUGGAUUUUAACGGUUGCAGCGUUUUAUAACAAUGACAACGAGCCGUACGUGUUUUCAAAUUUAUUUGCCGUAUGCCCUGCCCCUAACCUUUUCCGAACACACCCCCCCCCCGACCGAAAAUUCUACAACACUCGACUUUGCUCCCCAACCCACCUUUCUCUCACCGCCCACUGACCGAAUCAGACGCAAUCAACCACGAUCAACCAAGCGUGAGGGUCACGUGUGACAACAAAAAUAAAUGUAUUCUACAAAGUUAAGAAACCAAAUGGAUUUCCGAGUAGAUAGAAAGUAUUUUAAAAAGUGAAUAAUUACAACUGCAUUAUUGAGUUUUGAUUCGCUUUAAACCUAAAAUUGUAUCACAAAUUUUAUUAGGGUUUAAUUAUAAUAAUAUAUUCAGAUGAAACUUUGAUAAUGGCCCAGAUCUAGAUCAUAUUUACUUAUAUUUACUUUAAUCGCCUUCUUUAUUUGUUUAUUUUAUUUUAAACGUUCAAAAGCUCUAAGCGUAUUAAAUAGUCUCGUUGUCUUGAAAUUCGCCACGAAUCAAGUCUUUGAUGUCUAAACCUGUUGUUUUAAUUCAAAUGACCAAUUUGGACUACAACAACAGUAUUCACGGUUAAACGUCUUUUAUAUCUUUAUUUUAAAUAUGUCGUUCAUCCUACAUUUUCGACAUUAUUUGUAUCAUUUUGUCGUUGUUGUAUAUUUUUAAAGCAAAAAUCCAUAUUGCUCAAUAACAAUCUGAGGGAUUAGAUGACAGCUUCCAAUUUUUUUCUUCUCUUUCUCUUUUAGAUAGCACAUCUAACAAUGUGGGGCAACAGAUCACUGAACAUAUUCCCAGACAUACGUCACGCCAAGAUUGAGGUUUGUGGGAACCUGCUUCCGGCCUACGAAGCCAUUAAAGACGAUUUUUUCCUCAAGUACAAAUUCACCGAGCUGCUACAAAACCGAGAAGCUGACAUCAUAAAAGUAAGGCGACGGAAAUGUACGAAAGGGGCUCUUUUAAUGACAUAGCGAUUGUGCAACUCAAUAACGGGUUUUGGUAAAUGUAAAUACGUGAUUUUAGUGCAUCUGCACAUUCGAAGUUGAUGCGCGUAAAUAAGCAAUUUGCGAAACAAGCACUGAUGUAUGAAAUGAGUUGAAUAGUUAUGCUCAUUAGAAGAGCAUUCAAUUCAAUAUAUUUUCAGCGACGCGCGCGAAUUCAAAAUACAAUCUGAAAUAGACAAAAUCUGAGGGAAUUCAGUUAAUGUCACUAAAUGUUUAAAUUUAUUUAAAGAAAUAGUUUUCGCAACGCUAUUCUUAAAUUGUUGUAGAAGCGUAAGACGAAUGGAUGCCACCAGACCGUGGCCUCCGCUGCUGUGCAACACAUAAAGGACUGGAUGCAGGGAACCAAACCAGGGGACUGGACAUCAAUGGUUGUCAUCUCUGACGGUAGCUAUGGCAUUGACAAAGGUGAGAUUUUAAAAACAGAGCAUAUCGAGGAGACAAUUUAAACUCAGCGUGGACUCCACUACUAGUAUUUCGUUUCAAGAGAUGUGUUGUCUUCCCUUGAUCUGUUUUUUUGUGUACUCUUACAGUCCUGGGCAUAUACAAUGACAUUCCAAAAAAAGUAUUUAAAAGAUGAAGUAUGAUUGAACAUUAGCAGUCCCCUGCCCGUUCUUUCUGUUUCAGCCGGUAGUAAAACCUUCUCAUAAACCCACGCUUCUAUUUCUGCGACCAGGUCUAGCUUACAGUUUUCCUGUCAAGGUCAGCAAGCAGGGUGAGUGGGAGAUCGUUCAAGACCUGGACAUCAACUACUACGAACGAGAAAAAUUGGACGUAAGCCAUCGUCUUUACAAUGUGUACAUGAGUAGUAUAAGCUCGUUGCAAUUUAAAAUUUCUACACGUAGUUAUAGUGAUAAAUAAAUAGCAAUGCAUUAAUUCGCUAAGCACGCAAUCAUUACAUUCAGAGUUCACUUUAUACCUUUAAUGUGGGCUUGGCUUCGUUGAUCUCUUUAUCUCUUCUCGGUUACCGCCAGGAGCGAGUCAAUGAGAUCAAGACGGAGCGAAUGUUCGCCUACAGCAUUCUAGAACUACCGGAAGCCAAGCAGGAGAUUGAGAAAGACGAAGAGUGUGCGGUGGACCAAGCCAGGGCCACCAAGUGGAGCUUCGGCCACACAGAUCCGGUGCCCUGCAGCAUUCUAGGUCCACUGGAACAAGAACGAUUGGGCAGUAUGUGAAACGGUGGGG